ACGCAUGUGCUGCACUCGCUGCCCCGGUUCAGAGGAAAUCAAACCCACCUGGGCUGCAAACAUGAUGUCCCUGAAGUCUGGGCCAUACUCUGCAGCUCUCUGCACUUCACUUCUGCUCACCUGCACCUCGCUUGGCUGGGCUGAGCAAUGCCCCACAGGUGCUGAGCUCUCACUGGAGUCAAUAGGAGCUGCUGGGGAUUCGCUGCUUUUGAAAAUCAGGCCAUCUACUUAGGUACCUAAAUAUGUACCCAGGAGCCUGACCUUAGGCCACCCAUGUUGACAGUCUUAUCUGAAAGUUUUUGGUUUCCCCUGGUGCUUUAUGCCCUCCUGUCUGCAACUCUGCACCCAGGCAAACCAAAGGCCGAGCCAUGAUCCGCAUCUCAACCUGUGAGGAGGCCGGCAGGAACACCACGUUCUCCAGCUCCUGGCUGGAAUCUCACCUCCGCAGCCCAGUGACCACGCUGCUCCUCCCUAUGCUCUACUCCACGGUGCUGCUGAUCGGGCUGCCAGCCAAUGCCCUGGCUUUCUGGGUGUUGGCCACCAAGACCAAGAAAUGCUCCUCCACCGUCUUCAUGCUCAACCUGGCUGGUGCUGACCUGCUCUUCGCCCUCCUGCUGCCCUUCAAGAUCUCCUACCAUCUGCUGGGCAACAACUGGCUCUUUGGGGAUUAUGCAUGCUGUGCCCUGGUCACCCUUUUCUAUGGGAACAUGUACGGCUCCAUCCUCUUCCUCACCUGCAUCAGCGUGGACCGCUACAUCUCGCUGGUGCACCCCUUCCUGUGGAGGGGCUCCUCGCAUGUCUGGCAGGCAGUGGGAGUCUGUGUGGGUGUCUGGCUGGCCGUGGGGCUGGGUUUGAGCCCGCUGCUGCGCUACUAUCAUUCCCAGCACGUCCCAGAGUUGAACAUCACCACCUGCCACGACAUCCUCGAGCUGGACACAGAGCGUGAGCUGGCCUACUACUUCCCUGCGCUGGUGGUGUUGGGCUUCGCCGCGCCCUUCAUUCUCAUCACCUUCUCCUACACCUGGGUGCUGGGGUGGCUGCUCCUCAAGAGGCGGCACUAUGGCCACGUGGUACGCCUCCUGACCCUGGUGCUGCUGGUCUUCGCCCUGUGCUUCACGCCCAGCAAUGUGCUCCUCUUCUUCCACUACCUGCAGCCCCAGCCCGAGUGGCACAACCGCACCUACACCUGGUACGUGCUGGCCCUGGCCGUCAGCGCCUUCAACAACUGCAUCGACCCCUUCAUCUACUUCUACGUCUCCCGAGACUUCCGGGCCCGGCUCUGGGCUAGGCCCUGCUGCUGGAGGGGGGAUGACAAGUCCUCCUCAGGCAGGGCCUCUGAGAACCUUGUGCUGCCCCAGAGGUCCAGCGAGCAGUGCCAGCUCUAGGCCACAGCCAUGGGGAGCCCUCAGGCAGUGGGAGGGGACUGGGAAGCUGCUUUCUGUUUCCACCACCACUGCCCAUGGGGCAACCAGGCAUUUGGAUAUGGAUUGCUCCCCAGCUCUACCCCCAGUGCUUCCUUUAUGGUUCAGGGCCCGCACCUAGCCCUGCCCCAGCUCUGGGUGAGCUGCACAGAGGGCACCUCCAGCCAUGCCAUGGGCGCUAUCUCAGGAGAGGGAGACAGAGACCAGGAGCAGCACUGACACUCCCUUCCUCUGGGUCCUUGGCUGAGUCCCUUCCCCUUUAAGCGGUGCAGCCCUACCCUAUGGGGCUUGGUAUCUAACGCACGUCAGCCCAUCAGUAUCCUCAGGUUCUGCAUGCUCCAGUGAGCUGGACUCGCCAGCUACAGUAGGGUCCCCGUGGCCUCUGGGGACACACACUGCAAACUGGUAGUGUUCUGGAUAUCCAGAUGUGGCCAGGGUCAGGGGUGCCCAUGGACACAUGGGCCUCAGUUACAGAGUCUGGAACUCAGCUCCGCACUGGCUGCUCCCCCCCGUCAGGUGUCAAUGUGCUGCCAUGUUGUAUUGACUGUGUGGAGCUGCGCUGAGAUGCGGCCAGGGGCAUGUGGUCAGCUUGGUGGAGGGGCUGCUGGCCCCAGUUCAGCCUGUUUGGAAUCAAGGGGGUAAAAUAUUCACUGCUGCGAUGCUCAGUAGUGGGGUCAUGUUUGUGCUGUCAUUAGGUUUCAGAAUCCACCCCUAUUCAGAUGAGGAGGCAGUUCCUCCCACUGGGAUCUGUUGUUUCAGGCUGGCUGCAGACUCAGGCAGGCUCCCUGCAUCGGCAACACGAGGGUCAUGGUUUUGAGGUAACUGCACCCUUGCAAACAGGAGGCUGAGAUCCCAGUACAGGUGUCUGCAGUGUGGGCUCCGCUCCCAGCCGUGUCCAUUAAACUAAAGGCAAAGUGAUUUUACCCUCA